AUGUCUCAAGCAACACUUCAAAAGGGAUACAAAUAUGUGAUCGAGCAUAUGGAGGAGGAUGAUGAGGUGACUAAAGCCUUACCUGAUUGGGUCAAACUUGAAUAUUCUCACAUGUUGAAACUCGUUGGUCCCUCUUCCACUGUUCAUUUCACUUCACUCUCAUCAUCUUCCAUCCCACCUCUAAACGCCCACUUAUCUGCGCCUAACCCUGUAUCGUCUCCAACAUCCCCUACGAUCCAUCUUGAAUCAACCUCAAAGGGACAUCCAACGACAUUACCUAUAUUAGAAUUACUUCCAACCUUGAAUCCACCCAUUAACAAAGACAGAGUAUGUUUACUUGAUCCCAGAGCUGAAAAAGUUUUAUCACCUGAAGAUUCAGAUUUGUUCGACGUGUUUCUCUAUGGUGGUAUAUUAGGUGAUGAUCCACCAAGAGACCGAACUGGUGAAUUAAGGAAAUUGGGAUUUCAAGGUAGACAUUUAGGUGAAAAGCAAAUGACUACUGAUACUGCUGUUGGAGUUACUAAAAUCGUUGUUGAGGAUGGCGUACCACUUGACAAAAUCCCUUACACCGACUUCCCAACUAUCACCUUUAACAAGCACGAGUCCAUCGAAAUGCCUUUCCGAUACGUCGUAGAUGAGAAAGGCGAACCAAUACUGCCUCCAGGUAUGAAGGAGCAUCUCAAAGCGGAUUUGAACCGAAGCAUCGAUGACUUUUAG